UGUGUGUGUAUAUAAGAAAAACCCCUAAAAAGUGAGUACAGUAACUGAAAAAGGAAAAAGGAAGAACGAAAUGGCCAGAUAUUCUCUCUCGUCUCCGGCGCUAUCACUCUCUCUCGCAGGUAUAUUCGGGGACGGAGGAAGCGCGGAAAGAGGGAGCGGUAGCGGAGGAGGUGUAAGCCUUAAGGAGGAAGCACUGGAGACAAUCUACAGUGAGAAUUCAGGUCUGGGGAAAUCUCGUUCCGAAGAUGAUUGCGAAAUUGUGGCGGAAGGUGAGCGCCGCAGCAUUGAUCAAAUCGAGGACGACGACGACGAGAAUAGCUUCGAGAACAGGAAGCGGAAGAGAUAUCACCGCCACACUCCCGAACAAAUCCGCGUAAUGGAAGCGUUAUUUAAGGAGUGUCCUCAUCCAGAUGAGAAGCAGAGGGUGCAGCUGAGCAAUAAAUUGGGGCUCAAUCCUAGACAGGUCAAAUUCUGGUUUCAAAACCGCAGAACACAAAUCAAGGCAAUACAGGAACGCCAUGAAAACUCCAUCUUGAAAACUGAAAUCGAAAAGCUUCGUGAAGAAAACCAGGCUAUGAGGGAAGUCAUCAAGGGUGCAACUUGUCUGAGCUGCGGUGUUGCUACUUCCAACGACGAUUCCAUGACAAACAACGCUGAUCAUGAGCACAAGCUUAGAAUUGAAAACGCUAGACUCAAAGCCGAGGUUGAGAAACUGAGGACAAUUGUCGAAAAUCAUCCUCCUGGACUAUCGCCGAAAGCUUCUUCACACUCAUCAGGAACUGAGCUAGAAAGCAAAAGCUCAUUAGAUUUCCAUGCUGGAAGUUUUGGCCUUGAGAAAACACGCAUACUGGAUGCUGCGAAUCGAGCAAUGGAUGAACUUCACAAAAUGGCCACUCAUAAAGAACGACUAUGGAUUAAAAGUUAUGAAACGGGGCGUGAAAUACUAAACUAUGAUGAGUACAUGAAAGAGUGUCUUGGCAACCACAACACCAGUGUAAUGCAGGCGAAGAAAUCCAUAGAAGCAUCGAGAGAAAGCGCAAUCAUCUUUGUUGAUCUGCCAUGGCUAAUUCAGAGUUUUAUGGAUGCAAAUCAAUGGAAAGAGUUGUUUCCUUGUCUGGUUUCAAAGGCCGCGACUUUAGAUUUCAUCUGCAACGGAGAUGGCCCUAACAAACACGGUGCUGCACAGUUGAUGUUUGCAGAGAUCCAAAUGCUGACCCCAUUAGUACCCUCCCGAGAAGUGUAUUUUGUUAGGUACUGCAAGCAACUGAGUGCCAAUCAGUGGGGAAUCGUCGACGUUUCCGUCGACAAGGUCGAUGACAACAUCGACGCAUCUCUGUCGAAAUGCAGAAAGAGACCAUCUGGUUGCAUCAUAGAGGAUAAAUCCAAUGGCCACUGUAAGGUGACGUGGGUCGAGCACUUGGAAUGCCAAAAGAACACCGUUCAUUCCCUUUACCGAACCAUAGUUACAAGCGGAUUAGCGUUCGGCGCAGAGCACUGGAUUUCGACAUUGCAGCAGCAGUGUGAAAGACUCGUAUUCUUUGUCGCCACAAACAUUCCGAACAACGAUUCGAGCGGCGUUUCUACACUCGUCGCAAGAAAAAGCAUUUUGAAACUGGCGCAGAGAAUGACCUGUAACUUCUCCAGAGCUGUCGGAGCAUCGAGCCAUAACUCGUGGAGCAAGAUCACCGGCAAAACCGGGGCUGAAGUCAGAGUGGCCUCCCGGAAGAACCUGAAUGACCCGGGCGAGCCUCUCGGGACAAUCUUGUCCGCAGUUUCUUGUGUCUGGUUCCCCGUUUCUCACAAGGUCCUCUUCGACUUCCUGAGAGACGAAAAUCGAAGAAAGGAGUGGGACAUAAUGUCGAUCGGAUUCACCAUGAAGUCCGUCGUCAACCUCGCCAAAGGCCAGGAUCACGGGAAUGCAGUCACCGCCAUGGCGACGACAACAGCCGACAACGCGCACAGCUCGUGGAUGCUGCAAGAUAGCUCGACGAACGCGUUCCAAUCGAUGGUGGUCUACUCGUGCGUUGACAGCAACGGGAUGCAGUCUGUGAUGUCCGGCUGCGACUCCAGCAACAUCACAGUUCUUCCAUCGGGAUUCUCCAUUCUCCCGGACGGCCUCGAGUCAAGGCCUUCCGUCAUCAGUUCAAGCGCGGAGGGCGGCGCGGGACGAGGGUCGUUGCUGACCACGGCCUUUCAGGUACUCAUAAGUAACUCUCCUACAGCAAAGCUUGAUUUGGAUUCUAUGGAGUCUGUCAAUGCUCUCAUUUCUUGCACAGUUGAGAACAUUAGGAGAUGUUUGCAGUGUGAUGACUAACUGACCUAACUCACUAUUUUAUGCAAAAUACUUAAAGAAAAAGCAAUACAGUACAAUAGCAACAGCAACAGCAACUUUAGUAUUUUUAUUCCAUUAUUUCCAUAACUACAUUAUAGUUAGUUAGUUAGAAUGAGCAGGAAGCUAUAU